AUGGCACACAAACAAAGAGGUCAGAUAUCGUUUGUGCAACCUGGACUGUUAUCGAAGCAAGAUGAUUACAAUGACAGUCUGAUUGGUAAGACAAUGGGAUCCAUGAUGAUGUCGAUCCACAGCGAAUACAGUGACUUAGAGGAUGAUGAUACCAAUAUGGAUAGGGAUGACGACGACAUUACACAAGAGAAUAAGGUAGACUCAAUGUUUUUAUCACCCGCUCACCCAUGUGAUCUGGAGCAAGGAUAUAGCGAGCAUCUGGAUGACUCAUCAAAUAACCAACAAUCGGAUCAGCCAUCAGAUGACCAUACAAUUUCAACGAAAUAUGCAAAGUACGGUAUAGGGGCAUUGUUGAUGAAAAAGAUGGGAUAUGAAGAGGGGAAAGGUAUAGGUAUAAAGCAAUCAGGAAUACUUGAUCCCCUUGGAGCAAAUCCAAACAUGGGCCGAUUGGGAGUUGGGGGAAAGAAAGACCGGCAUUCAAAAAAAGAAGGAGCAACAGGGCUGUCUCCAUACAACAACAGGCGUAGGAUCAGCCGAAACAAUGGGAGAUUUUCUAAUGAAUUCGAUGACCGACCGAGCGAACUCCAACUGUUGACAUCUCAAAUUUACAAAUUGGUAUUGGAUUUCGUCAAUUUAGGUGUAGACGUGUCCUUUUCUCUCAAGGAUUGGGCAAGAUCACUAAGAUUCACGGCAACAGAGGAUGAUAUCGAUUCGCUAAGAUAUGAGCAUGGCCAUCUAGAAGACAUAUGGCGCAACAUAUUUCAGCUAAACACAGAAGAAAGAUUGUUGGAGGGUGAGUUGGGGCAGUUAGAUGAAGAGAACUCAAUAGAGGACCAUUACGAAGAGCUACUUUCAUUUGCAAAACAGUGGGAGGAAAUCCUGACAAAUGAACCAGGCGAUGAACGAGUAGAGCAAACCUUGAAAGACUUGUCGAAGUUGUCAUUGUCAGAUGACGAUAUUGUCGAGUCAAUGGCUGUGACAAUUUUGCAAUCAAAGCUACAGUCAUUGGCUAGUAUCCCUUUAGACAAUUACGAUGACCAAAAGGAAGUCGUUGUGCCUACUUUAAACAAGUAUACAGAAUUGUUAAACCCAGAAUACAACAUCCUGGCUAAAUUUUACGCGUACUUGUUUGACAGUUUUAGACUGAGCUUUGAUAGAUUAUUGGAACAUAAAUCAAUCAGCUGUGACGGUGAAACUGCCACUGAUGAGAUUUUGACUACGGUAGCUUCCAUAUGGUUAGAUAGCGGCUGUGCCAAUUUGAAGAACUGCGUGUUCAACCGAAUUGUUAAAUCUGUGAUUAUUCCUCACUUUGAUGCAAAGGUGGACAGUUGGGACUUGCUUACCGAUGAAACUUUAUCCGAAAAGUCUUUAGACCUUUUGGAAAUAAUUCUCGUUGCUGGAGAUGAUGACUAUAGUACUAGUGAAGCAGUGUACCACCUCGAGUCGAAGGUUGAAUCUUAUUUCACAUUUGGCGUUACGGGGUCCGUUUGGUACAGUCUUGACGACGUAGCAGGUUUCCAGAGUGCCAAGUUGCAAAUAAGUUAUAUAAUGCAUCGUUUGGUUCCUGUAAUCGAAUCCUUAUACGAGUCAACAACAGAAAUGCGCUUCCAAACUAUUUUCAAGACGUCACUUGCUUCAUGGAUUCAAAGUUUAUCAUUCAUCGAUGUGACCCCUAGCACGUUUGAUACUAUUCUAUAUCUAUCCACGUUUCUAGACCCAACAACAAGGUUUACUAUCUUGCAGUUUUUGGCUUUCAACAGUUGGAUUGUGACUAUGAUCAGAGUUUACAGACGUGACCCACAAGCAGUCCCGAGCUGGUAUGCUCAGUGGUACCAAUAUUUUAAUACGAAAUUGAUGGAAGAUAUCACAAAGGACCUCGAGGACCUCAUACGUUGGUAUUUGAACAAGGCCUUGGACAUUAUAAGAUCAAAUUUUGAUCUGGCAGUCUGUCAAGACAUUCCCAAACUUGACGAUGAAAUAUUUCCCAAAGCAGAUAAGUUAUUUCAACCAGUCAAGGUGCAAAGUGGUCACCUGCUUCAAAUGACUUUUCGGGAUGUGGUUAUCGAAUAUUGUAUGGAGAAUAAAAUAGCUUUGACUCAACUAAGUCGUUCUUCUCGCCAAGUGACAGGAUUGCCGUUAUUUAGAUUGAACAAGGGAUGUAUUACCAGAUAUGGGUAUGUUGAUGCCGAUGUUUUGUGGAUAAGUCACUCAGAUAGCACUGAAACAAAUGACUAUGAACCCAUUUUAUUGGACACAUUGGUUGAACAUUUUUUGAAGUAA